AUGGCUCAGUUCGAUCCUAACCUUCACCUCCGGUCGCUCGAGGAGCUGGGAGCUGUUAUCCUUCCCCGACAGAACGGCUGCCUCAAGUGCGAGGACAAGGCGCCAUCAUGCCCGACCAACUGCAAAAGCGACGAGUUCUGCUCAUUUACUAUUCCGACAUGUAAUUCGUGUGCUCAAGCAAUUUGCGUAAAGGACGACAGCAAAUCCAGUUCGUCAUCAAGCAACGGACCGAACACGGGUGCUAUUGUUGGUGGUGUUAUUGGUGGUUUGAUUGUCAUUGCAAUCAUCACUUACCUUGUAUGGAGGUUCUUCAUCAAGACGAAACGCCAGUCCAUCAUCCAGGAAUCCUACAUCGAGAACCCUCGCGAGAAGUCAGUCAUCGAGAAGACGGAGCAGCCACGGGCAACCAACCGCGAUUCCACACACACCGUUCACUCGAUUGCGUCGACGGUGCUUACCCGCGCCUCAAACAUAAUCCAGAUCGCCUAUAUUCCCGGUGUUACGAACCGAGCUACGCCCACGUCGCCGACUCUCCUCGUCCCUCCGGUGCCCCCCAUCCCCAUCCACGCCUCCAACUCCUCCGUCAGCAGCCCUCCUCCCUACGAGGAGCCGCACUUCUUCGUUCCCGGCGAGCUUCGCGACUCUACUUACUCCGGCAUCUCCGGCUAUUCUGACCGAACCUCCGUUGCGAGAACGUCUUACGCACCCCGGUCCAGCAUCGCCCCCAGUAUUGCGUCGACUAUUUACGGCAAGAACGCCGUUGUCGUGGCACCCGCUCAGACUGGAAUGCGCGCCAAGGCUGCUGUAGUCAGCGUCAAGUCCAUGGGUGUGGGCGGCAGCGGUACCAGCACUCCUCCUGUGCCGAGCGUCGACUAUGAAAAGUACAACGGCCGCCCCAAGAGCCGUGAUAGCACCUUCAGCGUCGGAUCUACUUUCCUGAACAAUGCAAACACCGCGACCGCCGCUCCUGUGCAAAGAGUACAGGUUGUCCGCGUGGGAAGCGGCAAUGGCCCCAGGCAAGUUAGCGUCGGAUCCAAGACACCGCCGUCGACAUCAUCAGCAGAUGAUACUUCUGUGCCCAGCACUCCACCACCAAAUUCCCCUGGCGCCGGCCGUGACUCUGCUGCCGUCACUGUCGUCGGCGAGGAUAGCCCGUCAAGGGACCAAGGCCCCUUCUCCGACCCCCCAGAGGACAAGGCCGCAGCCAUCCGCAGCACCCACAGUCUAAGUGCGGUGAUUGAGGAGGCGACACGGCGAGCCGCCGCAGGGCCCGAUAGGCGGUCCACAAGGACAAGCUCUCACGAGCGGGGACGCAGUCCCUUCGGUGACGAGCACGCCACCAAGGAUUAA